GUUUUGUUCCGUGUUUUUCUUGGCUUUGCCUAACUCAUUUCCAUUUCGAUCGCACAACGUCUCGGCGGAAUCGUCUUCGUCGCUAUUUUUAUCUUGCAGGAGGUGAAUUAAAGAUCCGAUCUCCAGGUUUUGAUUGUGAUCUGGGAUUUUUAUCGGUCGAUUUCAGAAAUUGGAUCGAGGAAGCUAGGGUUUGUGGGAGGGUUAAGGAGUAAUUGACGAUGUUGUUGUCUCGGGAAUUUGGGGUUCGCCUAGGGGAGGCGGGAUCACACCCGGAGGUAGCGCGUCGGCGUCGUCCGACCAAGGUGGGGUCUUGGUUGCUGGAUCCACGGUUCCCUGCUGCGUCCCCAGGGACCCGGUAUGCCGGCGGAGACGGUGACUUCCGGAUGCGCACUUCCUCCAGGGAUCUCAUAGUUCAGAUCGGUGGGUACAGCCACGAGAACGAGCUUGAUUUGGCUCUGAUGGUGGGUGAAUUCUGGGAGAGCGGAAGCGGAAGUGCCGAUUCACGGUAUAGCAGCGACAGUGAUUCUGGCUUCUCUGAUCUUGCUCACCUUGCUGAAAAAGUUCUGUUACAUAAACGAGGUAUGACGCCAAUAGAGAGUGAUUUACAAUCUCUCGUCCAUUCCCUUCUUUUCUCUGUCAGUGAGGUUGACCUUUAUCUCAUAAAGGAAGAACAAUGCAAUGCCAGUUGUAUAAGGGAAUCAUUGGCUAAGCUUUUGAAGCUCUCCGGCUAUGAUGCAGCUGUAUGCUCAUCGAAAUGGCAGGGUACUGAGUCUAUUGACAAAGUACCAGGAGGGGAACAUGAAUAUGUCGAUGUAGUUCUCAGUGAUUCUCAAGGUUCUGAGCGUUUGAUCAUCGACAUAGACUUCCGCAGUCACUUUGAAAUUGCAAGAGCAGUAGCAUCUUAUGAUGCUCUUCUGAGAUCUCUCCCAGUGGUUUAUGUCGGCACCUUGCCCAGACUUGCACAGUUCUUGCAAGUCAUGGUAGAUGCUGCAAAAUUUUCUCUCAAACAGAACUCGAUGCCACUGCCUCCAUGGAGAUCAUUGACUUAUUUGCAAGCUAAGUGGUGCUCCAAUUACGAGAGAAAACUGAAUAUUGAUGUAACUAAUCAAUCUAUCAGUAGUACUGAUCAUAGACAGUGUGUCGGGCACCUAGAGAGCCUGAAAACCUCCCUCAAGUUUGCAAUCGAGUCUGAACGGUUGCUGAAGCCUAUUGCUAAUGAAAAGAAACGGAUGAAGUCGGAAAGAGGAAGGCUCUCCCUCCUCUGUUCGUGAGAGUGUACAGCAUAUUGCAACAAUGAGUCUUCCGUCGGCGGAUGUGAAAAAUAGAUAAAGAGAACGUUCAAAAUACAAAUUUUUUUCUUGCUAAUAAAAUAGCAAUACGAUAAACUGGAGCCAGCUUUAUCAGAGUUUUGAUGCAAACGGAGCUACAAGUAACUCGAGUUCAAAUUACAAUGGUUAAUUGUUUCAUCUGUUUGUGUGGAACAACAAGCCAGCAAAAGCUGCGAGGUCCUUGUUCCUUCUGAGGAAUUCAUUGCGUGCAUUCUUAUUUUUGUUUGAUGAGUGUGGUAGAUCUUUUUAUCUCUACCAUAAUGUAGUAUGAACUUGUUUACCAUGAAGAAAUUCCUUCCACAUUAUUGGUCUCUUGUUUUGUAAUACAUUUUUUACAUUUAUACGAGCAGCAAUCUAAGGGUUCCUCCGA